AUGCCUACCAAAAAAGUGCUUGUCAUCCUAAGUGAUGCCAACUCCUUCCCGAUCCAUAAGACCAGCGGCCCCGACGCCGGCAAAACAGUCGACCAACCGUCUGGCUUCUUCUUAAUGGAACUCGCCAAACCAGUGCGAAAGCUGCUCGAGGCUGGCCAUGAAAUCACCUUUGCUUCUCCGCAGGGCAAAGAACCGACUCCAGACCCCAACAGCGAAUCUCUCCUUGCCUUUGCUGGAUGCUUCUACGAGCGCAAUAGAGAGAACGAACUUCUCGAUCGACUGAAACGAGAAAACGGGUUUGAUCACCCUCGAAGAUUCGAUUCCAUCAGCGACGAAGAGCUGGCUACGUUUGCGGGGGUGUUUAUCCCUGGCGGACAUGCGCCGCUAAAGGAUCUCGGAGAUGAUCCAGAGUUGGGUCGGAUACUCAGAUAUUUCCAUCAGGAGAAUAAACCAACAGCUGCGAUAUGCCAUGGUCCGUAUGCCCUUCUCAGCACGAAGGCAGCGGGAGAUGGGUCUUUCGUUUACAAUGGGUAUAGGAUCACUUCCUGGAGUGAUCUUGAAGAAAAGGCGAUGGAGACCAUGAUGGGAGGGGAAAUUGAGAAGGUUGAGUCGGCCUUGAGGAAUGAAGGCGCCGUGAUGGUCGAGGGGGCUGGAGAGAAGAUCGGAAACACUACGCUUCACAGGGAGCUAGUGACAGGUGCUAAUCCAAUGGCUGCUAAUGCUUUGGGUGAUCGGUUUUUGCGGAUGAUCAGUGUGUGA